AUGGCUGGAUUACAGAGAUCCACGACGUCGUUUCGGAGACAGGGUUCAUCAGGACUUGUAUGGGACGACAAAAUAUUGACAGCUUCAGGUGAAUUGAUUCAGCUGGGCCGCUUUCCAAAAGAAGAAAGUAGUACUAAAACUGACAGAGAAGAGAAAGAAGACCCAAUUAGAGGAGCAAAACCCAAAUUAGAGGUGUCGGUGGCUGUGAAUAAGGCUUCAUCGGAAACACCUGGAUCCAUUGAAAGGAGCCGAUCUAACCGCGGUUUCCGAACCGGUAAGGUGUCGCCGGCAAUAGAGCCGCCGUCUCCUAAAGUAUCUGCAUGUGGAUUCUGUAGCGCUUUUGGGAAGAAUGAAAAAUCUAACCGACGACCCAAAUCCGGUUCUGCAAUGGACAGUGUCUUAGCUGCCUUGCUUUUCUUGGUUGUGCAUAAGCUUUAG